GGACAACGGUCGGGUCGUCGCUGCAGUAGAACCACGCACCCAAAGUGUGGUCGCGUGGAAGGUCUGCGACGGAGACGGCGUUUAGCUCAGAUAUAAUUUAAAAGAUGCCUCAGUGGUUUCUUGUAGCUCAAUGGAUUCAACGACUCUCGAGUAAUCUUUACGACAGCGAAUCCUACUGCAAACUAUUACCACUUCAAUCAAGAUGCAUCUGCAUACGCAAGUCGUCUUGAUAUUAACCCAGCUGUUCCUCAUUGUACGCGUGACGGAUCAGACAAAAUGUGCCCUAACGUCCUCGUACGGCAGCGUCUCGGGAAGCUACUUCGCGACGCAGCUGUCCGCCCCGGAAACGGACGCCGACGACAUAGACGUCGACGCCGGCGUUGGCCACCGUCGGAUCGAUCUGACACCGCUGGUGCCAACGGCGGAAUCGCCGCUCCUAUCCGAUUAUCCAACCUACAAUGACGACACCGAAGAUGUAAAUAGCUUUCUGAAGGUGCUGAGUUGCUCCGACACGAGCUUGCGGGCGGUGAACGAGGAGUACCUGCGGCCGGUUAACUCAUACAAGGGCAUGCUGCUCGAGCGGGUUCCGGUGCUCAAUCCGACCGCCGAUCUGCUGGCGCUCAAGAACGAAAACUACCUGGAGAUCGUGCGCUGGCGGGACAGCAAUGUGACAGAACAUCAGCUGACCCUAACUUUCGCGCGGGAUGAUCGGAAGUUCAGCAACCUUCAGAUACUAGACAUAAGCGCAAAUUUACUUAGCACGAUAAGGAGAGACUAUUUUAGCAGACUGGAGCGGCUAAAGCUGCUGCAGCUGUCCGCGAAUCAAUUACACAAUCUUACGAGUGAUAUUUUCUACGAUCUGCCGAAUCUGAUCGAGCUGGACCUGCACAGCAAUCGGCUGAGCGAGCUGCCGCUGCACUUGUUCCGGCCGCUCGGUAAGCUGCGAGUGCUGAAUCUCGUGAACAAUACGAUCCAUGAUCUUCCGCGCAACAGUUUCGCUGGGCUGGGAAAUCUUACUGAGCUGCACCUAGCAAACAAUCGGCUGUACGUGGUGCCGUUUCAAGUGUUUAAAGAGCUGCGCUCGCUGGAGGUGUUGGAUCUGUCCAGCAACAUGCUCGUUUCGUUUCUGGAUAACUUCUUCCUGCUCAACAAGCAGCUGCGUGUGUUGCGCCUGAACGGAAACAUUAUCGAAAAGAUCUCUAAAAAUGCGCUGUAUGGGUUGCGCCGGUUGCAGUCGCUCGAUCUGUCAAGCAACAAGCUAGUUUUCAUCGAUCGUAACGCGUUCGAUACGCUUGACGAACUGCGCUACCUGAACGUUAAUCAGAACCAGAUCUACAUCCUUCCGUCGACGGUUUUUUCGGCGUUACGCUCGUUGCGUUCGCUGGACUUGAGCAACAACCUAAUGCGUUCGCUGCCGAACUCGAUCUUCGCAAACCAGUAUAACUUGGUGCGGUUGCACCUCGACGCUACCAACCUGGAAACACUGAGCAACUGGGUCUCGCGCAACAACCACACGGUGAAUAAAGAAGUCCUGCGCAACCUGCGCUACCUGUCCAUACGUAACAACACCCGACUGAAAGAGAUCGAACCGUGUGUGUUCCGCAACGUGCCCAGUCUGGAGACGCUGCUGCUGUCGAACAAUAGACUGACAAGCUUGCCGAAGGAGAUCGGAGAGCUGCGCCGGUUGCGCUAUCUGGACGUCGGUAGCAACUACAUUAUGUACAUCCCGGAGCAGAUUCGCACGCUGCACGAACUGCAGUAUGCGAACUUCCUCGACAACGACUACGGUUGUGAUUGCCACAUGUACUGGAUUCUGAGCUGGAUCGACGAGCUGCAGGCGGAGAACAACACGCAGAAGAUCUACGAUCUACUUCGUUUGUCCGAGCUGAAGUGCCGCAACGGCUAUCCGGGUGACAUCGUGCGCGUGCUACAGCACAUCAGUUGCUUCAAGCCAGAGCUGCUGAGGUCGUCGGAGAGCAGGAUGCAUCUGCUCAAAUCGGACGCCGUCCUGGAGUGUGUGUUUACUGGAAAUCCUCCACCAGACAUCAUCUGGAUAACGCCCAAGAACGAGAUUCUUCGCCACAGUCAGGAGCAGGACCAAAAGUCGCUGCUGUUCGAUUCGGAUGACGAUUCCGGGCCGGACGGGGGUAGCAGAAAGUACCAGCAGGCUGUCGAAUUUCAGAUGCUCACGAUGGACAACGUGACGGGUGAUGGGAUGCAUGAAGUAGGAGGAAUGGGCAUAACGCUGCUGGAGAAUGGCUUUUUGCGAAUUCACAACAUUUCCCGACGUGACAGUGGGCUGUACACGUGUUACGCGAUCAAUAUUAUGGGCAACGUAACGGCUGAUAUUCGUCUUUACAUCGAUCCAAUCGUGUUCUAUCGUGUUAAGAUUGGUAGCAUCAUUACUGGUGCUAUCUCGGCAGCGUCCUUCCUGGCACUUACACUCAUCUUCCAAGGCAUCCGGCGUAUUUUCAUACGCUUCCGCAUUAUCGAACUCAUCUGCCAGAAUUGUUGCAGUUAUUGUUACAAAAACGACAAAACGUCCUCCAAAGCGCGCCAGAUCUAUGCUAUGCUCGAUAACAUCGAACACUAUAAGAGCCAACAACUGGAGCGUCUGCGUGAUAACUACACGCAACAGGUUCAUCGUAUCAAGGACAACUGUGCGCAGCAGGUCGAUUGGAUCCAGAGCAGUUACUCGACCCAAUCGAAACACUUACGCGAAAUUCGUGACAUUGGUACACACCAUCUUACUACGCUUCGAGAUCAGUACUACGAUCAGGUUCGCCGCGUACGUGACUACUCCACCAGCCAGCUGACAUGGGUGCGAGAGAACUACGUGUUCCAGCGUAACAAGAUACGAAAAUUCAGUGCACACCAGGCACUACGGUUACGCGAAGGCUACAAAUACCAACAGCAGACGCUAAACAAGGUUCUGGAAAAUUUGCCCAGCUUCUACUUCGAGAAUUGUCGCGGUCGCAACGAAGAAGAUGAGGAUUUCGAUGGAUUUGAGGUGUAUUUGAAGGCGAAAAUCGAGAAGCUUUCACAGAUGGAGGGCGUCGAAAACCCACAGGCGAAAGUGAUUGGUGCCGAUUACGCGCUGAAGUACUUGGAGAACUUCUCCGCCAAGAGCGUCGACGAGAGCAAGGCAUCAGUUUACUUCACGCCCAACGAUGAUCACGCCAGUCCCGAACCGCAGAUAUCGCCUAUCCACAUCAACUACAUCAAUGGUCCGCCCCCGCUGGUGGACGGCGAUGACGAUGACGACGACGGUGAACUGCCCUCGGGAAAACUUCAUCUCGGGACGGCACUGCUUGCGAGCGGAGAUACGCCCAAGUCCUUCAAGUCCGUCUUAACUGGGCCUGGUUCGAUUGGCGGAGGCAUCGCGGACAUUCCGCUCAAACCCAUCAUUAAGCCAACGACGCGGUUCAUGUACGACAAGCACCUCGGCAAGUACCGUCUCUGCCACCAGCAGCCGAACCGGUUGAGUGGUGGGUACGCCAACGAAGACGAACUUCUCACCGACAUCGGUGGCGCCCGAAGAUCGGACGUCACUUCCGGGAACGGUGGUAUCGGGUUCGAGGGAGUUCCGCUCCAUUUCAACGACGCGCUAGACGGUGGUGGUGACUCGGCCGAAGACGAUCAUCAGAACUAUAGCCUUAAAAACAAUCGAAAGCAUCGCCGCAAGAGGAAACUCCUGCUCGGCUGCAAGAGUGGUGCGCAGAUGAACGGUGGCAGCAGCGGUAGCGGCCUUGGAUCGGGAAGCGGUGGCUCGGGAUCCGCGAGUGCCUGCGAAUACGAGACGCUGCUGAUGAAGAAUCUAAGCCAAGAUCCGCGCGAUUCGCACUACAAAAUCAUCCACAUCAACAAGCUGAACAAUGGUGUGAGCAACAGCAACUACUUUACCGGCAUGUUGGGCAACGCCUCGUGCGGUAGUGGAUGGAUGGCGGGACGGGCGGUUAGCCGUAGGCAUCAUCGCCCGACUGUGGCAGCUACUGCAGUCGUCCCAUCGCACGUCGGGGAUAAUGAUUACCACUACUCACUCGAGGACAUGAUACAGGAUAACAAUCAGAAGAUCCGCCAGUUGAUCUACGACUCGAAGAUCGACAUCAUGAACGAGGUGAUCAGCACGGGAAACGGUAGUGGUAGUGGCGGGGAAGCAGGUCGAGUAGCUGGCCGAAACCGUCGCACUGCCGGUGGCAGUAAUAGCAAGAGCAUCAACAACAUUGAUGGCGCGGGAAGUAGCUCGACUGGUGGGGGAGGACCAGCAGGAGCGCAAAGCAUGGUAGGAUUGGCACAUGGCGGGAACAUUCCGACCGACGAGUACGAUCUGUGUAGCAGCAGUAGCAGCAGCCGGAACAACAGCUGCAGCACAAACGCUAGCAGUGGCAGCUUCCAGCAGCAGCACCGUAACCACCUGCAACGCCAAAGGUACUCUCCGGUGAGCGCAACACCGGCAACCAACACGGUGGUUACGAUUGGAAGCUCGGCGAAUGGUACAGGAUCCUCGCCAGCAGGAUCACCACCAACGACGGUCGCGAUCGUACCAACCAGUGGCAGUGGAGGAGGAGCAAGCACGGGUGGUUCCACUCUGCUGCCCGUAAAGAAGAUUCACAAGUUGCACUUCGAUUCCAGCACAAACCGCAUUCAACAGAGCACCAGCCUGCCGGAGAUAUGCUACAAUGCGAUUGCUUCCCGUACGGUGUUACCGGGUUCGUCCGGGUUGGCCAACGGGACGGUGUCGAUGAGCGAACCGGUGCCACCGCGGUCGAACUCCCCUAACAACCACCCGGGUUCGGGUGGUUCCUCUAUUUCGUCUGCGUUCUCCAGUGCAUCGGGAUCGCUUGGCGGGGACGCUUCGGGAACGGGCAGAGUGGAUGUCACCGCAAAAGCGCACGGUGGCAAACAUGUGAUCUUAGCGGUAGAAAACAAGGAAUGUGACGCUAUGGGUGGCGCGGCAAAAUCAUUCUCAUCGUCCCCUGCGUCCUCGCCAUCAUCUUCGUAACCAGCGUCGCGUACCGAGUCAAAUAUCAAUAAUAAUAAUAAUAGUAGUAUUCGUAGCAGAAUGAACGCCCGGCUGUAGAAAGCUGUAUCGCGUGUGGUUAGCCGAGCGGCAACAAUACAUACAUACGUGGCAUGCUAGGAUCUUGAUCCUUUCCUACACAUCCAUCUUCUCAUCCUGCUGAGCAGUCUUGUCGGGGUUUUCUAACGCGACUAAUGGUUCGAAUGACUUGGGAUCAUUCUUUGUCACCGCUAAUCAGGGCCGCUGUUUGAUGUUGGCCCUUACACAACGUACGGUCGGCUAAACUUGUUGAAACCAUAAUCGCCUGUUGCACGUUCGUGUUUUGUGUAUGUCUCGUGUGAUUUACCGGAACUGAAAAAAUAACAAAAUUUGCGAAAAAAAAAACCCGAUUCUGCUUGCUGAGUGUCGAGAGGAACGAUAGGUGACUAGGCCAAGGUUAAUUUCGUCAGUGAAUGUAUUGUUGUGCUCCCCUUGCUACUAUAGCUACAUAUGCCCCACGGGGUUGUGGAACAUGAAAGAUAAUACUAUCAUUAUUACUAUGGUUAUGAUUCUACAUAUAUACAUACCCACAUUAUAUAUCUGUUUAUGAUAAAUAGGAAAAAAGAGAGGGAUAAUUGUGCCCGCGUACCGUUGUUUCGUGUACGCGUGUGCCGAAAGUGAUAGAAUUUCAAAUGGGAUCUUGGGAUAAGGUAGAAUAAAACACACAUACAAACCUUAUGGAACGAUUUAAAGAAAUAUGGGAUGGGCGACGCGGUAAUCCUUCCGGAAUCGAAUAGGUGCCCGUCUG